UGUGCGGCGCGCAAAACUGUAAACAAGAUUUCGUGAAAUUUCUAAAAACUACUUAUAAAAUCACUAAUUGGUGAACUAUUUGGACAUUAAGAGCAACAGGAGGGCAUUAGUUGAAAAGAUGUUGCUAUGAGGGGCGUCCAGCUGAACUCUCAUUAUGGAUUACAUCAUUACAUCUGUGUUGCUGUUCGUCUACAGUUGGGUUCAUGCAGUUCACACGGCAGUCGGUUUGCAGUUUGUUGAAGAACCGAGUAACGAGGUGAUCGCCCUGGACAGCUCUCUCUGGUGGCAUUGCCGAGCAGUGGGAACUGGAACAAUAAACUACAGUUGGCGUUUCCAGGAUGCGUUUCUGACUUCGUCGCCAUCUACUGGCCUCACCAUCUUCAACAAUGGCACUCUCUUCAUUUCCAAGAUCGCUGAAAGUGACUUCGGCUUGUACCAGUGCAAGGCGAAGGACGCUCUCACUGCCAUCUUAGGCAAAUAUGCAACACUAAAGAAGGCUUAUAUGGCAGAUGAGUUCAAGGAAUCACCAAAAACAGUCAAAAAAAUUGUUGCCAACACUGUCAUAUUCAAUUGUGCAAUAGACAGUUUGCCCUAUCCCAUAAUAUCAUGGGAACUGAACAACCAACCAAUCAAAGAUGGUGAAGUUACCAUGGUGACCGAGACGCGGAGUCAGCUGACCUUUGCUAGUGUUGAUUAUGAUAAUGCUGGGACGUUGAGAUGUCUGGCGAAAAAUACAGCGCUGCAGGCGUUGAAGUACAGCCAAACUGCAACACUGUCAGUUGAAGGACGUCCCUUUCUAAAGAUCCCACCUGAGCCGACAACGGCUGUUGUUGGUGCCAGUGUAAUCCUUCACUGCCUUGCUAUCGGUGUACCUGAACCAUUGGUGCGAUGGUCGCUACAAGAUUCUACCAGCAAGCUAUCAAAUUCAAGUCGUUACCUCCUCUACCCGAACGGCUCUCUCAUGAUCCUCAAUAUCCAGUUAAGUGAUGAGGGCUUCUAUAUGUGCGAGGCAAGGAAUACCUGGGGACCGAACACCAAGAGUGUCUUUCUUGGAGUUGAAGGAGAUCAUGGUAAACCGUCCAUCAACUGCACCUCAUCAGAUGCGUCCAUCCUCCAAGGUCAGAAUCUGGCUCUCAGGUGUCAGGCGUCUGGAAAUCCCAGGCCUGUGAUAACAUGGGCAAAGGAUCGUAGUGACCUCCCGCCCGGCAGGACAAGUUUUCCAUACCAGGGAGAACUGAAGAUAUCUAACGUACAGGGUGUAGACUCCGGCACGUACAUCUGUACAGCAACCAACUCGAAGGGCUCAGCAUUCAGAAUGAUUGGAGUCACUGUCUAUUCUGUGCCUUCUUUCACUGCCACACCGAAGGACACUACCACCAAGGAAGGCGACCCAGUCACUCUGACAUGUGCAGCUACUGCCUUACCUAAACAGCCCAGAAUAGUGUGGAAGACACCUCAGUCAGGAAGUUUGAGCUCCCAGAAUGCAACUGACGGCAUUACGAUCACUGCCAGUGGUAAUCUGCUGAUAUCAUCGGUGAUGGAGGUGCAUGCUGGGAAGUACAAAUGUUUUGCAAAGAAUGAGUUCGGUACGGUCGCAGCAGAAGCAUUCCUGACAGUUUAUGUGAAGCCCAGCCUGACUCAUGCGCCAGCGGACCAAAAGGUUGCGGAGGGGUCGAGCCCCAUGAUUCCAUGCAAUGCCAAGGGCUACCCUAACCCUGUUGUGACGUGGUCACGCUACUCUCAAACCCAGGAGACGCCCGUCAUUAAUGGAGCAGUAUUCAGGAUACACAGCAACGGCUCACUGACUAUCAACAAUGUUAAGCAACGUCACUCGGGCACUUACAAAUGCUUGGCACGUAAUUCAGCUGGUACUGCUCAGGACAUGAUGACUUUGGCUGUGUUUGUUGCUCCAACGUUCCGGUACACACCACCCCGGCUGAUCAUCAAGCUUGGAGACAAUGUCAUAUUGCCUUGUGCUGCUCUCGGUGAUCCUGUACCUACUGUGAGCUGGCAGAGGGAGGGAAAGCCUCUGAUUCUUGAUUUGAAUAUGAUGAUCCACGCCAACCAUUCCCUGUCCAUUACCAAGAUUGUCACCUCUCAGCUGGGAGAGUACACAUGCGUCGCUCAGAAUGAGCUCCUGUCCAUCUCGGCCACUGGAUCUGUGCAACUCAAGGAUAUCCCAGUCUUUGUCACCCGACCAACCAACACCACAGUGAACAUGACCCACCCCACGGAGAUACCUUGCCAGGCUGUGGCCAGGGAGACUCCGAUGUAUCUGUGGUACACGUCGGAUCGUGACGGCAGCACGGGGCGCCUGUUACAGCCCGGGAUCAGUCAGACAGGACAGGGGGCGUUGGCUACUGUCUCAUCAAAUGGAACUCUCAAAAUCAAGCGAACCUCCCAAGCUGAUGAAGGCUGGUACGUCUGCGUGGCCAAGAACUCGGCAGGAGAGACAAAAGUGGCUGCAUUUCUUAACGUACAAGUGCCUCCUCAGAUAACAUCCACCAACAGCCCACAGAAGGUCUCAGCCAAUCAGACAGUGAGUCUAACCUGCCAAUCACAGGGCGACCCCGCCCCUAAGCUGUCAUGGCUGUCACCGUCAGUCCCGCCAACGCCAAUAAGAUCAUCGUCUGAUUACGUCCUGGGUGGGAGUUUCCUGCAGAUCGUCUCCGUGAAUGUGAAGGAGCAUUUUGGACGAUGGUUGUGUGUUGCUUGUAAUGACCUUGGUUGUGUGAAUGCAUCAGUGCUGCUUUAUGUCAUUGGUCAGCCUUCCCUCAGUGUGGCUGAAUCCCAUGCCAAUGGUACACUCCUAACCAUCACAUGCAAGGCUGUAGGACUGCCAGUGCCCUCUAUCAAAUACUUCAAGGACACUGUUGAGAUUACUGGCACAGCUGUUCCUAAUCACAGAAUACUUGCUAGCGGUUCUUUGGAGAUAACAAGCCCCGCAGUGACGACAUCAUACAGUUGUUUGGCUGUGAAUGUGAAUGGUGAAGACAAGAAGAACUUUUCAGUACCUACAUUACCUGAUCCUCCGUCCAAACCCACCAUCUCUAACAUCCAAUCAGAUUCCGUGACAAUUACGUGGACCGACGGUUUAGACAACCAUUCUCCGAUCACAGCUUAUCACGUCUACUCCACACUGAUUGGUGCAGCAGCCAAGUCAAAGGUCAAAGUUGAGAAGUCGCCAGCUGUGUUAAAGGGACUGUUACCUUACAAGAGUUAUCAGUUUGAGGUUCAGAGUGAGAAUGGUGUUGGGCCAGGUUUGAUCGGGCCGUUGUCUGAUGCGGUGACGAUGUUAGAGGGAGCCCCUGGGGAGCCCAUGAAUGUUGCAGCAGUGUAUGGGAAGAAUAGCAUCAGCCUGUCCUGGUUGGCUCCUAGUCAGCUCAAUGGGGAUCCAGUGAACAUCGUGUAUGAGGUCAGCCAUCAAGUAGUCAACGCCACUUCCGCUCUGAUCACUGCCUUUCUUGACAACAAACAGCGGAAAGAACACAUCAUCAAGAACCUCGAUCGAUCUCUUACGUAUCGUGUCCAGGUGAGGGCCGGGAAUAAACUCAUACAGAAGUGGAGCAAGCCUGUCGUCAUUGAAAAGUCACUGAGAGAAACACCACCAGCUGAGUCCCCACGGAUAUCUGAGUCUGGAGUCCGUGUGACUGGUCCUGAUUCAGUCUCCCUGUCCUGGGAAGCCCUGGACAUGGUGUACGGUGUUCAAGGCUAUAUCAUCUCCUACUCCCCCGAGACAGGACGCAGAAGGAAGAGGGCCACGUUACAAAAGAAAACCACCGACAGUAAUGUCACGCUGACUGGGUUGGAGAGUGGUACCAGUUAUAGCCUACAGGUGGCAGGCUAUAAUAGAUACGGCACUGGACCUUUCUCACCACGAUAUUCAGUCACGACAAACCCAGGGCCGCUAGCCAGUACAGCAGCCCUCGGCCUUGGAGCCCUGAUCGGCAUCAUCAUCGGCUGCGUCAUCCUGGUUUUCGUCAUCAUUGUCGUUAUCGUCUGCUGCUGUAUACGCCAGAGGAAGGUGAAGCAGAAACAGAUGGACUUGCUUUACGACACCCCGAGUCAUGGCCAGCAGGGCAAACCAAGACAACUCAAGAUUCCCAAGGGCAUGGAAAACCAUUACUACAAAGACGAGCCAAAACAGAAGCCACCAAAACAGGCCAAACAGACCAAAACCUUCGAACCAGCGGUCAGCCACAAGAAGACCAAGAGAGCGAGCGGUUUCUAUGACCUGACGUCUGCCGUCUACGAUAACGUUGGGUACUAUGACACGCCGGAUGAAUACUACCCUACGAAUGCUGUUGAGACGUCACACAAGUCACAGUCAGUCAAGAUCAACGCAAAGGAUUCGGACGUCUUCUUCAAAUCGAAGGAUCCUGAUGUUGUCCUGUUGUCACGGCAACCACUAGAUGUGACUGAUCAGCCAAUGGAGGAGCUGCAUGUGCCAUUGCCACCACCUCGAGCGCGAUCUCCCCACGGCUCCAUUCCAAGGAUCCGCGUUGGGGCUCAGACGGAGUAUGAACUUCAUGAAAUUGUUCACGACAGUGACCGAGUGCCAUAUCCAGUAGGACAGCAACAGGAGGAAAGAAAUAAACAAGCCCUGACCAAGAAAGACUCCGAGCCCAGCUAUGCAGAGAUUGGUGACUAUCACUCUAACGUCUAUGCCAAUAAUAAACCCCGGCUUACCCUGCCCCCUGGUGUGACCGUGGAAGAUCCAUUAUAUGCCACCGUCAACGAGGAACAUAUGGCCACCAAACGACGAGAGAAAGAACAGAAGUUGAAAGUCUUGAAGAAGGCAGAGUCAGAAUGGGAACGCAGACAGUUAUCUGCGUCCCCCAAACCACCAUCCAAACACUACAAGAAGAAGUCAGCGACGUUUAGCACCGUUUCCGGUGUGACCUCUCAGAAGAUUCCAGACUCGAGGAUUGUAAGUGAUGACGAACAGGACUACACUUCUGUGCGGAUAUCAAGCUACCGUCACAUGCCUGGUGAGGCUGACACAGCAACAGCUGCCAUGUUCUAACAUGUUCCUUAGACAAAGUGGCCAUAGCAACUGGCAGUUUGGAUAGUUCCAGUAUCAGUUGAUACUAAAUAGCCUCCAGUGAGUGGUGCACCUUUUGGUGAGGUGCAGAACUAAUCAGUUAAAUGGUUGUGGAUUUAUAUGAGCCUGAUGUAGUGUCUUUUAGAGUUGUUUAGCUUCCUUAUGCCAUUUGAUAUGGGAAAGUAUGAAACAUGUUUGGAGCAGGGUAGAGACGUUUUGACAAUGUGAAGAGAAGCCUGAAUGUAAAAUGUAGUUCAAGGCUUAGGUUUUUUUAGUAUGAAGCUGUUUGGGUUUCAGAUGUAUGGGGCCUGGCAGCUGUUUUUUAGACCAUCACAAGAAAUUUGUUGAACACAUUGAGCCAAUGAACAUGCCUGAUGCUUUUGUAUUCAAGAUUCUGAACGAAAGUUGAACUGCUUGUCUGAGACAAUCUUAGUGAUACUGACAGUGAUACUGCUAAAGAUUCAGCAUACAAUGCACCAUUUCACUGUUUGCAUUAACUUGAGGCCAUUUGAACAACAGAUUUGUACCUUUGAGGAAUACAGGAACACCCUGUACAUGGACAUGUGCAGUAUAUAUUUUGUCCAAUUUCGUUGUAAAUUUUACAUAUCUUUAUUGAUGUUUAUUCAUCAGCAGUUCCAUCCAGUUUUACAGUUUAUAUUAUGCUGCAUAAUUUUAGAUAUAGUUUACUCUUAUGACCAAAUUAGUUUUAAGGAUUAGCAUAAGUAUUAUCUGGACUAGUGACAGCUGAAAAACUGCUGUAAGGAUAUAUUUGUAUUUACAAAUAGUUAGUUGUAGGAAUGUAUUUUAGGAUGGGUUUCAGAUUUGAUUGUAUAUAAACUACGGUAUUCCAUAAAUUUGGCGUUACAGAUUUUCUUGUCAAGCUACUUAUAAACAUUCCAGAAUUCCUGUGAUUUUUUGUCAUAAUAUUUAAAGUAAAUGAGAUUAUAAUUCCAAUUAUUCACCAUUUAAUUUUAGAAACUGUGAUAAAAUGUCUUAUCUUGUCUCUGUGUUCGUCUUGUCAAUUAAUGAGAUGUGAAUUUGUUUUCUUCCUGCAUUAUGGAAGACACCAUGUCCUUAUAUUUAUAUUUGUAAAUAUAUCAUCUAUAGGCCUACUGACAGUCAUCAAUUACUAACUAAGUCAUGUAUACAAUGUUCUCAGAAUGGAGCCUUCUACGCAGGCCUCCCUAAUCAGUCGCUAUAAUACAGUCAUCCGAAACCUAGAAGAGUUUCAUUUCAUGUACUGAAUUUUCAGUCCUUGUAAAAGUUUUAAUGAUUAUUCAAACAUGUUUAUCAUAUCAUUUUACAGCCUAUAUAGUCAGUGGUUUUAAGUCUGCAUUUUUCCAGACAAUUAUGCUGUUGCUGUGGUUAUACUGUUCAAUACUUUCUGUAUUACUAUUGUACAUGUACAAAGUCUGUUUAUUUUUGUGUUUAUCUCGUCUGCUGUAGUCUUUGUUUAAUAAUUUUUCACUCUGUCAAUCAAACUUGUGUUUACAUAUACCUGUUGCUGUGGUUAUACUGUUCAAUACUUUCUGUAUUACUAUUGUACAUGUACAAAGUCUGUUUAUUUUUGUGUUUAUCUCGUCUGCUGUAGUCUUUGUUUAAUAAUUUUUCACUCUGUCAAUCAAACUUGUGUUUACAUAUACCUCCAGUUUUCUCUUAAGUACGUCUGACUCUGUGUUAUCAUCUAGCUCACUGUUAAUGCAUUUAUUCUAUUAUCUUCUACCUGUAUUUAUUAUAUUGCAUGUAUUUAUUAAACAUAACUGCUAAUGUUUUCUCUAAAUCUCCACAACAUUAUGUCACAGUUAAUGUUUUCAUUUGACUGCCAGCUACAUCUAAAAGGCUUAAAUACUCCGUAUUGAAUGUUUCACUCAAGUCCUAUUUCGUCCAUCAUCACUCUGACUGUGUACAAGUGAGUCAUAAGCAGACACUGCUAUACUGACAGGUAGAAUAUUCCAAUGGGCCAAUUCUUUCAUUGUAUAGGAUGGCGCAGUCAUAGGUCUAAAUGUCCCUCCCUCUUGUUCUCAUCGUUAGAUGGUCGAGGUGUUUAUAUAGUUACUCAGUAUUCCAGCCUCAUUCUGAGAGAUAUAUCAACAUACUGGCAUGCUGCAUCAAUUUUGCCCUGAAAUCAUGUAGUUUUGGAGUCACUUUGAUUUCUCCUAACACCACGAGACCCAUGCAUCCUGAGUGCAACUGGUCGUCGUGAAAUGAAAUCACUUUUAACCACAUUCAAGCCCUGCUGAAAAGGUCACAAAAAAGAUCCACACGUGAUUUGAAAUAGUUUGGCACUUUAAUUGACUACAGGCAUUUCGAUGUUUCUCUCAGAAUGAUAGUGUGUCAGGUGAUAAGAAUGUGCUUAGAUAACGAACAAAUCCCAAUCCGUGUUAAAAUAAUCAUGUAUUCU